ACAACUCCUCUUACACCUUUUACGCUAUUUUCUUGUCACCUUUUAAUUAUAUAGCUAUGGCUUACGCAUCCAUUUGUAUUCUGCUAUUUCUUUCAUUCAUGCAGUGUGAAGCGCAGUUAACUCCUACAUUUUAUGAAAAUACAUGUCCUAAGGCGCUUAGCACGAUUCAGAAGGCUGUGAGUCAAGCAGUAUCGCGUGAACGUCGCAUGGCAGCUUCACUGAUUCGCCUUCAUUUCCACGAUUGCUUUGUCCAAGGGUGUGAUGCAUCAAUCUUACUUGACGAGACUUCAAAUAUCACAAGUGAGAAGACAGCAGUACCUAAUCAAGGAUCUGUAAGAGGUUUUGAUGUUGUUGAGGCCGCGAAGAGGGAGCUCGAAAAAAUCUGCCCUGGAGUAGUAUCUUGUGCGGACAUUUUGACCGUUGCAGCACGAGAUGCUUCUGUCGCUGUUUGCGGUCCAUCAUGGAAGGUUAAACUUGGAAGAAGAGACUCUAGGACAGCAAAUCGUACUCUAGCAAACAUUGAUAUUCCUAGUCCCUUUGAUAAUCUUGACACUCUUAUUUCUAGAUUUGCUAAGAAAGGACUUAGCGCAAAGGACAUGGUUGUCCUGUCAGGGGCACACACCAUUGGCCAAUCACAGUGCUCUUCAUUUAGGAACAGAAUAUACAAUGCAUCAGAUAUAGAUGCAAGUUUUGCGAGCAUUACAAGACGUCAAUGUCCUAAAAAUGGAGGGAAUGGAACUUUGGCCCCACUCGAUUUGGUCACAGACAAAAUUUUUGACAACAAUUAUUUCAAGAACCUAAUGCAGAAGAAAGGUCUACUCCAAUCUGAUCAAGUUCUUUUCAGUGGAGGAUUAACAGAUAGUAUUGUUUCAAAAUAUAGCAAAAAUAAUAGUGUGUUUUUUGUGGAUUUUGCUAAAGCUAUGAUUAAAAUGGCAGAUAUUCAACCUCUAACUGGUCGAAAUGGGAUCAUAAGGAGGGUCUGUAACACUGUCAACUAAUAUUUUCACAACCAUCUAUGUGUGGUUUGUGCCAUUAUCUUAUGUGGUUUCUCUUGAUUGUUGUUUUGAUCUGCAC